GUUAUACUCACUGCUGCCGCACUCCUGCAAGAAAAAGUUGCUCGUACGAGCAGAGUUGCCUCGUAAUUCCCGUUAUUUAAAACUAAGAGUGGGACUGUAAACUUGCAUAAAUUUAGCUUGGCAAAUCAAUUCAAAGUUUCUGAUCUUCGUUUAGUCAGCUGAACCAAAACUUAGUCGUUCGUACGGAAGGACAAGGACCGGGAAGGUGUGACAUUGACACAGACAGCACAACACCGGUGAAGUUGACACUGCACUGCAGUAACACUAGAGCAAAGUGAGGUUUGACUCAAGAUGGCGGAUGUCAGUGAUAUAGACAUGAUGAUGCCAGGCCAGGCAAUUCCUGCUACAAAAGUGGAACUUACUGUGUCAUGCAGGGACCUUUUGAAUAAAGAUGUUAUUUCCGAGUCUGAUCCUGUGUGUGUGAUGUACCUUCAAACAGUAGGAACAGACACAUACAAAGAGUAUGGGAGGUCAGAGGUGAUCAUGAACACCCUCAAUCCAGACUUUGUCAAGAAGUUUGUCAUCGAUUACUUCUUUGAGGAAGUGCAGAAACUCAAAUUUGAAUUAUAUGAUGUGGACUCCAAAAGCCAAGAUCUGAGGAAACAUGAUUUCUUAGGCAAAGCCUUUUGCACUCUGGGCGAGAUCAUGGGGUCAUCUGGCUGCAAACUCAAGAAACCUCUGAGUGGACCUGCCAAGAACUGUGGGUCUAUCAUCGUCAAAGGAGAAGAGAUGAGUGAAUGCAGGGAUAUGAUCACCAUGCAGUUUAAAGGAGAGAAUCUGGACAAGAAAGAUUUCCUGGGCAAGUCCGAUCCAUUCCUGGUGUUCCACCGAUGCAAUGAAGAUGGAAGCUUCACCAUCUGUCAUAAGACAGAGGUCAUCAAGAACACACUCAAUCCCAACUGGAAGGCCUUCAAUGUCAUGUUGAGAGCAUUGAAUAAUGCCGACCACGACAGAACCAUCAAAGUGGAGUGCUUUGACUGGAAUCGAGACGGCAGCCAUGACUUGAUUGGUGUGUUUGAAACCAACACCAGGGAGUUAUCCAGGGGUCCGUGUCUCACGAAUGUUUACCAGUUGAUUCAUCCCAAGAAGCAGGCCAAGAAGAAGUCAUAUCGCAAUUCCGGUCUGGUCACCCUCUUGAGCUGCAAGAUUGAGCCUCAGUACACUUUCUUGGACUACAUCCGGGGAGGUUGCGAGCUGAAUUUUACCGUGGCGAUUGACUUUACAGCUUCAAAUGGUGACCCACGACAGCCUACAUCCUUGCACUACAUGAACCCAUACACCCCUAAUUCUUACCUGAGGGCCCUGUGGGCAGUGGGUGAAGUCAUUCAGGACUACGACCACGACAAACUCUUUCCUGCUCUCGGCUUUGGUGCCAGGGUCCCACCCUCCAUGCAGACCAGCCACGAGUUCUUCCUGAACGGAAGUCAAACGGAUCCAUUCUGUGUUGGUGUGGAGGGGAUAGUGGCAGCCUACCAGAAAGCUUUGUCAUCAGUACAACUCUACGGUCCUACACUUUUUGCACCAAUCAUAAACCACGUAGCAAGAUUUGCAGCAGCCGUACGUGACGGCAGCAAGUACUAUGUGCUGCUGAUAAUCACAGAUGGCUGUAUCUGCGACAUGGACCACACGAAGGAAGCUGUUGUCAAUGCUGCAAAACUCCCUAUGUCAAUCAUUAUCGUUGGAGUUGGGAAAGAAGACUUCAGCAAAAUGGAGGAACUAGAUGGCGAUGAGGUCAGAGUGUCUUACAAAGGACAAUUUGCUGAGCGAGACAUUGUACAGUUUGUUCCAUUCAGAGAUUUUGAGGGCGGAGACAAUGUGGUGGUGAGCCAGGCUCGCCUCGCCAAGGAAGUACUCGCCGAGAUACCUGAUCAGAUCACGUUGUACAUGAAGAUGCGUAACAUCAAACCCCGCCCACCUCGCUCGCCGAGUCUUGCCAGUCAUGCUAGUCAUCAGAGUUUUCGUACUUGAGCUGUGUGAAAGCUGCUGACAAACCUUUUUGGCCUUGUGCUGAGAGAGAUUUAAAUAUAUUUCCAUCCUUCAGAAUCAUUCAGUCCUUCCAUUUGCGAAGGUCCUAAUUUGCUAUAAGUCAGGGAACCAGAUUUGAGUGUUAGGUACACUUGUCAAUUGGGUAACCAAGUGUGAAAGUUGCCAGCCAGCCUGGUACCUGACCAGACAUUUACAUGAACAUCAAUGCUGAACUUGAGCACACUUCGUAGUUACAAUUACUGCACUAAGACACCAAGGACACACCAUAUUAUACUAAUACUACUAAUAAUGGCAAUGCAGCAUGGGUUGUUAAGGUCAGCUGAGAGAUAUUAGGUUGUAGCGCCGUGGGCGUAUUUAUCUGUAAUAUAAUCCAUUCUGAAGAUGUUUAUAAUGAAACAGUGGUGGAGGUUACACUUAAUGGAUUACAUGCAGUGGAAGUCAUUUGCAUUAUGCCUGGGGACAGAUAUGGUUUGCACAUAAAUUCUGACCAGUGGAUUGAACCAAAAGAGAUUCUGUGAGAGACCAGAUAUUUUAAUGGCUCCGAAACGCAUCAUCUUAGUGUAAACUUAGUGUAAAUAGAGGAUUCGUGUGGCCAGAUGCAAAUUCAUUGCAGCGCUUGUGUUCUUUUUGUAUGUGUACACUGCUUUUAUUUUGAAAUCAACCGUUGUCUUGGGAAACAGUUUGCUCGGAGUCUUUCUUGUUAACCAGUACAACUUCAGAAUGUGAUCCCCUAAGUUUGUGUACAGGAUGCAAAAGCUGAAUCUGUUAAUUUGUGACUGUGGAUUGAGAAUACACAUCCGUCACUUUCUUGGAGUGUCCGUCAGUAACACAAAUAAUUGCAGAGGCUGGUAAUACAAUACUUGUAAGUUUCUAAUGUCAAAUUUCUGCUCAAAAGGUAGAAACCUGACUCCAUAAUGUAGUUUAGAAAAUCACACAUACUUUUUAUCUUCCUUCAUGUAUGCAUUUCUUCCUCUCGCUGUAAGGUCAGUUCAUACUUGACACAAAAGCAAACAGAAACAAGAUUUUAUGAUGUCGGGUCAAACAUUCAUGCUACAAAUUAUCCUCUCGCUGUAAGGUCAGUUCAUACUUGACACAAAAGCAAACAGAAACAAGACUUUAUGAUGUCGCGUCAAACAUUCAUGCUACAAAUUUACAAAAGUUGAGCACAGUUUGACUCAACCGAAUUUUGCAGCAAACAUUCCUAUUAUGUCAAAUUGGCUUGGCUGUCACAUUCGCUUGGAGUAGGAAGCAUCUUUUACAAUGUAACAUUCGGAAAUUUUAAUAUAUUGUGGGUGGAAAAGCCUCCCAGAUGUCCAUGGUGCACUAUGCUACGUAAGGCAUCUAUCUUUCCAUAACACUCUGUUGUGAUCCCAUUGCCCCCCCAUGAGGAAGGUAAAGCCCUCAUUCGGCAGCAAACUGGUAACCAGGGAUCAAUUCCGAGGCAUUUCAAGCAAAUUAGUGAUACGUAUGCCCUCUUGUCUUUUUUCUUAUCUGUUUAUUCCCUUUUAAAGUUUUAAUUUUGUUUAUUUCGGGGGAAAUUACUCCCCUACCCCUGUGAUGCUAAUGCUAGCUGAGGACACAAAUUCAUUAGAUCUUGAGGCAGGCAUUAAGCUGCUGUCUUUGGCAGAUGUCAUCGGCAGCUAUUCAGCAUGACAAGUAUUUGUUGCCUGCAGCCUGAUUGGCCAGGUAACAACAGGCCCAAGGGAGCUAUCGAAGAAAAUGUAAAAGGAAAGCAACAUGCAGCAGUUGGAUCAAAACACGCAACCCUCUCGACCAAAUUAUGCUGACCAGUCUCUGAGCGAUAAUAGAGGAUUUCACUCAAAGGUACAACCUUGUACAGAACCCCCAAACAAAAAAAAUCAGCUUAUAAACAAAUGAAAACUACUCACCCUUGACCCAUAAGGAAGCACCCUAACUACCAACUCAGCAUUUUUAUUUUUCAGUUCAGACUCCGGUACAGACUGUACAGGAAGUACACCCCAGGCAGUCAGGAUUCUACGCAUUGAUAUGAUGCCUUGAUAUUUGUUGUUUGAAGCCAGUCACAUCCUUAUUUUGUUUGCAGUAUCUUGUGUUCAGUCCUUGACACAGUCUAAGCAUUGUCUGUCAGGGUAUGACUUUGCAGAUUCUCAUUUUGUCACCAGCCUUGAGAUUUAUUUUACCUUGUUCAGGCCACUUGUCGAUUUUCCAGGUUAUAUUUUCCCAAAUUCUCAUUGCAGCUUUGAAUUGUCAAGUCAUGCCAUGGGCUCUAGGUAUUUAAGGCAAAGAAAAAAUAGAAUCUUGUCUUUUUUUGAAGACGGAGGCAUUUUUCCUGCAGAUUUUGCCAGGAUGUUGGAAGGAUGUAGUGUCUCUUCCUCAUACUUGUGUUUCAGAAUUAGCUUGUAUCGUAUUAGGUGUUAAACUUGCAGUUAAGAUACAUCGAUUGUAAGAAACAAAUAAAAACUUAAAGCAUAUUACAAAUUUAGUUUUUAAAAGUGAGAAACUAAUACUGUUUGAGAAAUGUGUGUCAGUUUUGGUCGACUGAUACUUUGACCGUAACAGCUGCAUGAAAUUGCAAUAUAGGUUAUCAUGAAUGGCUUUUGAGUGGGUGUCCAAAAUAUGACAGGAAGUCACAAAGUGGAUGUCCUGAAUGCUGUAAUAUUACCUCUUUUACCUGUGCUGUACGGCUGCUUAUAGCCACAGUAAAAAAUUAAAGUGGCCAGAGCAAUGGAUAUUGUGGCCACUCUGUGCCAUACAUGUUUAAUGGCCACAGUGGGGUACGUGGAAGGAUCAAGAACCAAUUUUCAAGGGCCAUUUCUUUUUGGGGGGGGGGCAAGUAUUUGGGGAUUUCCUUAGGUGUAUUUUUUUGAAUGGCGAGGCUUAAUUUGGGGGGGAUUUGGAAUGAAGGGAUACAAAAUCAUUCCCAUUGUGGAUACGGCCAUGUAAACGAAUAAGGUGGCUGCAGUGAUGUGGCGGUCAUGUUGUGAAUGCAGCAGCCAAAAGAUAAGCAUGAUAUGCUUAUGCUUAUGGGUAGACACGACUUCAGUAGUGAUUGUAAAUAUGGGCAUUGUGCCCUACUCUUUGUUUUUACAGUUUCUGUUGAUUUUACAGUGAUCAAAGAGAUUGAAUAGCACGAGCCUGAUCUUGAGUUUCGAUCACUGUAUGCAUUGUAGAUUCUUUAUUUGAUAUUUGUAAGUGCUUGCUUUCUUGUUUAUUAAUUUUAAUCUAUUCUUACGAUUGGAAAUGGGUUAAACAGGUCAAACGUAUUGUUUUAUUUUAUUAUUUCUGUUCAAAUUCUCAUUAAACAUUCAAUUUAAAAUUGUUGGAUUGGAGACAGCGCUUCCCCAGUAAUGUAAAGUUAUCAAAAUCAUGAACAUUUACUUAUCCAACAUCAAAUGUGUAUAUAUUUUUUAUGGCUGCAUUGUUUUUAUUUCUGCAAUGAUGAAUAUCUCUAUUGGGGAUUAAAAUCACGUGAAGUAAAAGGUUAAAUGUUACAAUAAUUAUCUUUUCACAAUGCUCAAUUUGUAAUUGUAUAAUUAUUUUAUUGGCAUUAUUUUUAUAGCAAAUGGUAUUCUUUUUUAAAUAAUAUAAGGGAGUGUAGAAUAUUUUCAAUUAAAGUUAUAAAGUUUUUUUCGCGAGGCGAAAUAUCCACGUUCACUAUCCAUCUCAAUUCGUUUUGAUUAUUCUGUGCCAUAUAGUAUCAGAAUUCACCAGCUCA